UUUUGUGUUGCAUUUUGAAGAUUUUUUUUUAUUAUUAUUAUCAUUAUUAUUAUUAUUAAUAUUAUUAUUUCCUGGAGCGACCUGCUGAAAUCCGAACAUCGAGAGGAAUUACAAUCAUGAACUUUGUCUGUAGUUUGGUACAAAUCCUUCUGGCUGCGGUUUUUCAUCUCUCCACUGUAAAGGGUGCCAGCAUUAAGGCGAUGGACAAGAGCCAAAACGAAGUGGUGCCGUUCUUGACCGUGUUUCAGAAGAGUGUGUGCAAUCCACGGGAGAUGUUAGUGGACGUGUACUCGGAGUACCCUGAGGACACAGAGUACAUCUACAUCCCGUCCUGUGUGGUUCUGUCGCGGUGCGGAGGCUGCUGCCAGGACGAGACCAGGGAGUGUGUCCCCACCCAGACCCGCAACGUCACACUCGAGGUGAUGCGCUCCAGACCUUCGGUAUCGCAGCACCCACUGCACCUAAAGUUCACAGAGCAUACGAGGUGUGAAUGCAGAGAAAAGCCUGGCCUAAAAACAGCCAAGAAGCAAUACCAGUGUGGGCCUUGCUCUGAGCGGAGGAAGCGUUUGUUCAUUCAGGACCCUCUGACCUGUUCAUGCUCCUGCAGAUACUCUCAGUUAGACUGCACGGCCCGAAAGCUCGAGCUAAACGAGCGCACAUGCAGAUGUGAGCGGCCGCGGAGGUGAGACAGAGACACUGAGAAGGAAAUCUGCCACAGCACUUUGAAACGAGGAUCAUUCCUAAAGGACUCAGGCGGCGGGAAUGGGACCUGCUCCACUUUAAACAUAUGUACAUAACCCUGGUACAUCCUCCACAAUGUGUUUGCUGCUAUGUACGAGAUGUAAGAGGACACGUUUUAUUAUGUUUAUUUAUAGCAACGAAUGCGCCGCGGGCGUGUGAUCCAUGAGUAAAGAACUGUUUAUCAGAGACUUUAUCUUUUCUUCACUGGAUGCUGGUCUGCUGUGGAUCAAAGGCUUCACAGAGAAACGAAAAACAAACUUUUAAACUCGACGCAGUGAAGCCCAUGUACUUGAACUGAAGGCAGGUCCUAGGGCGGCCGUUUGGGACGCCCUCUGGACUCUAGGGGGCAGUGUGACGCGGCCGGGCUCUUCCUGUGAGGGGCCGGUCCAAGUUCAGCUGCUCUGAUGAAGAUGAUAAUGUGAAGAUGAUGUUUUUCCCAAAGGCGCAACACCAGGAGGAGGCGAGGAGGAGGAGGAGGCCGUUUCUAAUGCAGUGGAGACAAACGCGAACAUGCUGCUAAAACACUUAUGUUUAAAGACACAGUGUGUAACUUUUGAGCCCAAAGUUUGACUAAAAUAAUAACGUGUUUUGUAGCAGUGAACAUAUGCGUCCUUCCAAUGAGCGGGCUUGCAUCUCCACAAACCUGACUCUUACUUGUCCUGCUUUUGCAGUAUGACAAAAAACAUAUCUAUCUCAAUGGAGAAUAUUCCGAAGUAUAGUUUUAACUUUGUGUUUCCAUGCAGUCCUGCAGGUGACACCUCCAGAAAGUUACAUACUGUAGCUUUAAACACCAGAAAUCAUUUUGUGGUUGUCGAGGAAACAACCGUAGUUUUCUCAGAACUCACUUUUUCAGUGUGAAUUUCCAAAGUGAUCUGUCACUCAAACAGAGCCAGGGUGUGACCAAUCAGAGCGCUGUAUCUUACUGUGUUCAACCAACACAGCGCCCCCUGACAUCAGCCCUCCACACUGCAUUUCUAACUACUUCCUCCUUUAGCUCCGCCUCCUCUGCGUGACCCCGCCCACACAGGAAGAACUGAUAUGUUUGAGUUUGUUUUGAGGUUCAUUUCAGACCAGGCUGUUUAAAGGGAUGUGGCUGUGGGUAAAUACGGAGACACUCGACACGCUGAUCAUAACGAUUGAUCCGCUCAAAAAACGUCCUAUUUUUAUUUUAUUUAAACUCUUCCAAAGAACGACCCGUGUGACCCGUACUCCAUGUCCCUCGUUCACUACAUUUAUUUAUAAUCUUUGUUCAGUAUUGUUUAAUUUAUAUUCAGUGUUAAAAUUAUUCGUCCUCCAUUUUGGAUCUGAACCGUCAUGCCGCCAUUUUGACUGAAAAGUUUGUGACAUUCCUGAAGCUUUUAACGCUGCAAAAAAUAAUUUGUUAAAAUGGUUUGAUUCAGAAUCUGAAUCUUGAUUUGACGAGAUUCUAGAUUUAUUCAUGAAAUGGUUUAGAAUUUUUAAGACAUUUGGACAGUUUUUUUUUUUUAUCUGAGUUUUUUUUAUUUAUUCGUAUUUAUUUUAGAAGCACACUUCAUUAUGAAAAAGCAUUACUGUCUCUGAAGUUUCCAUUUGCCUCAUGAAUCUAUAAAAGGACGUGACAAACACAGGUGUAGAUACAGACCGAGUGCGGCUGAAUUCAGACAAAAUGUUCAAAACAGGUUCAGAAUUCAACUCAUUUAACCCAUAGAUGUGAUUUUUUUGCAGUGUGUAGACGGGGGCUGUGGGUGGAUUGUGGGGCCUUUUUGACCCCCGCCUUGACACCCCCAAACAGGUGGGGGCAGCCUGGGUCAGUGUGACAAAACAGAACAUGUGGUUUUGCACUUAAAGGCCCACGUCAUGGACACGGCACUGCAAAAAACAGACUUGAAUUCUGAACCUUCAGUGCAGUGAUUUUAAAUUUAGAUUUAUUCUGAGAUGUAUUCUUUAAUAUCUCACACUUUUGAUUUGAGAAAAAAAGAGAAAGUUAAUAUUAUUCAGGAGACACACUAUGGGACCUGGUUUGGACCCAGUUUAGUCCUGAAUUGGUUUUGUACUUUAGACCUGGAUUAGUCCCGGUUUAGUCCUGGUUUAGACCUGGUUCAGUAAUAGUUUCAUAGUACUAGUGAAAAGCAGUUAUCUGGGCUCUUAAGUAAACUCUGCUCAAAUCAAGAUGAUUUUUAUGAAUUCAACUAUUUAAAGAUUUUUGCGGUGUAAAGCUGGACUUGGGCUUGAACUUGGUUUAAGACUUGAGUUCGGACUUGGUUUAAGACUUGGGCUCAAAGUGAGAGGGAGGCAAUGGGACUGGUCUACAAAAUAAAAAUAAAAAUCACCACUAUUUGUUACAGUACAUGACCUGUGUGAAGUGACCAGGACAUGUGUGUAAUGACCAGGACAUGUGUGAAAUGACCAGGACCUGUGUGUAAUGACCAGGACCUGUGUGUAAUGACCAGGACCUGUGUGUAAUGACCAGGACGUGUGUGUAAUGACCAGGACCUGUGUGUAAUGACCAGGACCUGUGUGAAAUGACCAGGACCUGUGUGUAAUGACCAGGACCUGUGUGUAAUGACCAGGACCUGUGUGUAAUGACCAGGACCUGCGCCACCAAGAGACAAGGACUUUUUAAUUUUAUCCACAAAACACUUUAGAUAAAAGGAGAUUUUACUUAUUUUACAUUCACAUAUUUAUUACAAUUUCAAAAACACAUUUUUCUGAAUUUAUUUUAAAAUCUGAAUAAUUAUCUUUGAUUUUUAAUGAAACACUAAAGCCUUAUAUUACCUCAGACUCAAUGAUUUUACCUGUGUAUCUUUAGUUUAGUCCUGCUCCAGUUCUACUUUAGUCUUAGUCUUGGUUUUGGUCUUGGUCCAGUCCUGAUUCAUUCCUGGCCAAGUCCUGGUCCAGUCCCGGUCCAGUUCUGGUCCCGCUGCCCCCUGUCCAGAGCCUGGUUCACUGUGAUCAGUCGUGGCCUGAACAUUCUCGUUGUAUUUAAAUUCUAUUGUACAGACACAUUUUGUUGGUUUAUUGAUAUAUUUAUUGGUGCUUUAAAGAUUCUAUGUUUUUUCAUUAACUCUGGU